CAGCCUGCAGAGGAGCUGGCCCAGCUUGGGGAGACAGCACACCCUCCCCAUCUCUCACCUCCUCAGCCCAGCACCUGCUUUGAUUGUGCUGGAGAAGAAGCCUCCACACCAGCCCUCCUUUGAUGAUGUCCACCGAGCAAAUGCAGCCACUGGAUCUCUCAGAGGACAGACUGGACAACCUCGACAAUCGUCGCAGCCACUCAGAUGAUCUUUCAGACCAAUUCAUUAAGGACUGUGAUCUCAAAAGGAAGCCAAGAAAGGGGAAAAAUGCACAAGUCACCCUGAACGUUGAGUCAGACCAAAAAAAACCCAGGAGGAAAGACACGCCGGCCUUGCACAUCCCCCCUUUUAUACCAGGUGUGCUUUCAGAACAUUUAAUUAAAAGAUAUGAUGUCCAAGAGAGACAUCCAAAGGGCAAAACAAGUCCAGCUCUUCAUAACACUGACCUGGAACAGAAAAAGCCAAGGAGAAAAGACACACCUGCCCUGCACAUGUCCCCCUUUGCAGCAGGUGUCACACUGCUCAGGGACGAGAGACCCAAAGUGAUCAUGGAAGAUGACGAAAAGGAUAGCGACAAGAUAGCUAUUUAAAGAUACUCCCCCUGAGAUCACGUGUAAAUAGGUUAGAUUGGUUCCCUAUGGUGACCUAGAAAAAAAUAGACAUGUUUCUGCUCUCAUUUUGUCAUAGUUUGCCUUGAAGAUCCAGACACCCUUUCCCCACGAGACAUAUGAUAUCAAAUUGCUGGUCACCUCUUUGUCUUUCUUCUUCCUUGAAUAUGGUUUCUAUCCCUGCCUCUUGAAUUUUCAUUUUGUAAUGCAGUGGAAAGGAAUCAGGCAUUCCCACAUUAGAAGAUAACAGGGAAAAUUCUAGAGUUCAAUUUUCACAUCUUCUGGAUAAAUUCAUGGAGUAAAGAACAGAGAUCACAUGGAAAUCCAGUAUUUCAUGAUUUGUGCUGCUGAGUAGAACUUGACUAAAUGUUAUCCGAACACCAGUCAAGUGGGGGCUCCCUAUGACCAGUUAGGGAGGUAAGAAUAUUUGGGUCCUAACCCACUGGAGAACAUGGACCUGUCUGUUAUUCUGUUUCAAAUCCAGGUACCUCUGGUGACAUUCCUGAGAUCUUUGUAUUGUAACUGGUACCCCAAAGUUGAAUAUGUGAGCUGGGUUGUUAUCCCAGCCACCUAUACCUUGGCUAUAAAUACCAGAGGUAGAGCAUACUGGUCUAUGUGGAGAACUUCGCAGUAUGUCCUAAUUAUUUUUAUUUUUUAAAAUGUUUCUUAAUCACAUCCUGAUUUGUGAGUUGGGUCACAAGUAAACUGCCACAAAGGACAGGUAAAAUACCAGUGUUUGUGAUGACUUUACUUUUAAGAAAAUUAAGUUGGGAGGAACUCAUAACUUUAGCAUUCUCACUCAUUUAGACCCCAGUAUGCCUUCUUGAAUAGGAGGGAAAGAUGUGAUGUUAGCUAGUUAGCAAGGGUCUAUCUAGAACCCCUGCUCCAACCUGCAGUCUGUGGGUGUCAUGGGAAGGUUUUGCACAAGGGCCUCAUCUACCAGGUGAUGGAGUUUGGGACAGGUGAAAACUACUUCUCAGAGGAAGAGAGGUGACUAUUCAAACAGAUCCUGCCUAAAAGUGAUAACAUGGAAGCUCUGUCUAGACUUUGUUCCAACAGUUUAAUGUCUUCUGUCUUUCUGUCCACCAUAUAAAGGUGGAAAAGAUACUGGAUCCUACUGGUGAUAAAGGUACUUCUACACAAAUCUUUAUGUUCUCUAUGUCUACUUAAAAUUAUAAAGAGCAGAAGUUGAA